AUGGAUCGCUCUAGGCGUGUCCAGGGUGAAUUCAAGCGCGGCACGGCCGCUGCCCUGCAGCAACUCGCUGCUGAGCGCGAGCGCCGCGUCGCCGUGGCCGCUGCGCACGCCGCUGCCGCUGCCGCGCACGCCGCAGAGGGCGACCCUUCCAUUGAGGAUAGCUCUGAUGAGGACCAGCCCCUGCUAUGGGGAGUGCGCGAAGCCCAGGACAAUCAUACCCUGACGGCAGGCUCCAAGGACAGCAGCAGCAGCCACGACCAAAGCGAAGAUAGUGAGGAUGACAGUGAUAGUGACCAUGCAGAGCGCGCAAAGCCCGAGCAGCCGGCGGCCAGGGGUGCGCCUGCAAGCACUAGCGGCCGGGCGCCGCCAGCGCUGCCGGCCAAGCCGCAGGUGCCGCUGCGGCGCCUCAUGCGCGGCGAUGGUUCGACACCAGCAAAGGCCGGACCGCCGUGGCGAGAGGCGGGCCUGAGUUCGUCGGGCGCGGCGGCCGCGACAGCGGCAGGCGUGGAUGGCCUCGAGUCGAUGCUGCAGGGUAUGCGUUUGGCAGGCGGCGGCGGCGGUCCCAGUGGAAGCGGCGGCAACGGCGGCACGCGCGCGCCAGGGCCGUCCCAGCAGCAACGCCGAGCCCCCAGCAGCAGCGGCAGCGCCGACGGGUCUGACGCCGAGAGCGACAGCAGCAGCGAGCGCGACGCCAGGCGCCCGCUGCGGCCGGCGGCGGCCGCGGCGGCCCCUGCUCCUGCGGGCGGAGCGUCUUCGGAGGACCUGGUGUUUGAGGGCGGCUUCCGGCUGCCCGGGCGCGUAGCCUCAAAGCUGUAUGCCCACCAAGUCGAGGGCGUGCGGUGGCUGUGGUCGCUGCACGCCGCGCGCAAGGGCGGGAUCCUGGCGGACGACAUGGGGCUCGGCAAGACGAUGCAGUGCGCAGCGUUCCUGGCGGGCAGCCUGGGCUCCGGCGCGGGGCGGCGCGCGCUGAUUGUUGCGCCGAAGACGCUGCUGGCGCACUGGGAGAAGGAGCUGGGGGCCUGCGGCAUGCGCAGCCGCACCCACCGCUUUUUCGGGUCGGGCGACGGCGAGCGCCAGGCGGCGCUGCGCGCGCUGACGUCGCGCGGGGGCGGCGUGCUGCUGACAACAUAUGGCAUGGUGCUCCACAACGCAGACGCUCUGGCGCGUGGCCUGGGGCGCAUCUCCGACGAUGAGGAGCGCGUAGAGGCCGGGGAGGGCGGCGGCCGGCUGCUGCCUUGGGAUUACCUAAUCUUGGACGAGGGGCACAAGGUCAAGAACCCGAGCAUGCAGCUGUCCCAGCGGCUGCGCUCCCUGUCAGCUCGCGUGCGCCUGAUCAUCAGCGGCACGCCCAUCCAGAACAACCUGUCUGAGAUGUGGGCGCUAUUUGACUUUGCGGUGCCGGGGCUGCUGGGGCCGCUCAGGGCGUUCAAGCUCGAGUUCGAGAAGCCCAUCCUGCUGGGCCAAGACCGUGACGCAUUCCCCUGGCAGCGCGAGGCCGGCGCCGCCAAGGCCGCCGAGCUGCGCCGCCGCACCGCGCCCUUCAUCAUCCGACGAGACAAGCGGGAGGUCCUCCCCGGCGCCGCCACCACCCCUGCCGCCGACGACGGCAAGCCCGCCACCGCCAGCGGCGCUGGCGCCGGUGCCAACGACAGGCCGCCGGCGGGUUUGGAAGCGGAGCGGCCGGGGGCCGAGGGGCAGCAGGCGUCGGCGAGGCCGCGGGUGGGGCGUAUGGGGCGCAAGGCGGACGUGGUGGUGUGGCUGAGGCUGGCGCCGCUGCAGCGCCAUAUCUACGAGGCCUUCCUCAACUCUGACCAAGUGCGCGCCGCGCUCAACAGCACUCGCAGCCCCCUGGCGGCCCUGAGCGUGCUCAAGAAGAUCUGCGACCACCCAGCGCUGCUGUCAAAGAAGGCCGCCAGCCUGGUGGUGGCGGCCGGCUCCCAGUGGGCAAAGGGUGGCAAGAGCGGCGGCUCAUGCUCGACCAGCAGCGCCGGGGGCGGCCGGAAGGGUGGCCCCGCGUCCAAGGGCCGUGCGCGCGAAUCCUUGGACAGCUUCAUCGUCGACGACGACGAGGCCAGCGGCAGUGACGACGCCAGCGACGCCGGGUGGCGGAGCGACGCGGAGUCCGCCUCGGACGCAGGCAGCGGGAGCAGCAGCAGCAGCGACGACGAAGCCGCCGGCGGCGGCAAGAGCAGAAAAAAGAAGGGCGCCGAGGCGCGGGCGCCGGAGGUUUCGGGGUUCAGCGACGAGUGGUGCGACUGGGCGGGGGAGGGGAGCGAGAUCGAGGGGCGGCUGGUGGCGGAUCUGCGGCAGCGGGGCGCUGAGGCAAGCUGCAAGAGCGCGUUUGUGUGCGCGCUGCUGGACGAGCUGGUGGGGGCGGGCCACAGGGUGCUCAUCUUCAGCCAGAGCAGGGUCAUGCUCGACAUAUUGCAGGCCGCUGUCGAGGCGCGCCGCCUGCCCUUCUGCCGCAUCGACGGCGGCGUCGUCAGCGCGGAGGCGCGGCAGGCAGAGGUGGAGCGCUUCCAGGCGGCCUCCAGCAAGAUCCCCGUGUUCCUGCUGACGUCACAGGUGGGCGGCCUGGGGCUGACGCUGACCGCGGCUGACCGCGUAGUCAUUGUGGACCCCUCUUGGAACCCUGCACAGGACAACCAGAGCGUCGACCGCGCGUACCGCAUCGGGCAGUCGCGGGACGUGGUGGUGUACCGCCUGGUGACGUGCGGUACGGUGGAGGAAAAGAUCUACAGGAAGCAGGUGCAUGAUUGA